UCCAUUCCCUCUCUUUUGUUUGAUCCCCAACCACCACCCCAACUCAUUCCCAUUUCUCAACUCCCCCGCCGGCGAUGGGUUGCUGCUUCUCCGCCCCCAAACAAGCCGACGACGACCACCGACACCACGACGCCCCCGACACCAACGUCAACCCCCCGCAUCAUCCACAGUCGCUGGCCCCCUCGCGGCAAACAGAGCCGUCUGAGACACAAGCCGAGGGAACAACGCCCUUACGCCAGUACACUCUUGCGGAGUUAGUGGCGGCGACGCAUGGAUUCUCCCUCCAGAACAUGCUCUCAAAAGGUGGCGGUAAAUUCCCGAACAUGGUUUUCAGCGGCCACCUUCCUGGGCCCCAGGAAAUCGUCGUCAAGAGGUUCUCCAUGGUCGCCUGGCCUGACGCAGAGGAGUUCAAGAAGGAGGUGAUUAAAGCUGGAAGGUUGAGACACCACCGGCUUGUGAACUUGAUUGGGUACUGCUGCGAUGAAGAUGAGAGGCUUCUUGUGGCGGAGUUCAUGCCCAAUGAUACGCUCGCUACGCGUCUUUUCAGCCCUACAAAUAAGACUUUGGAGUGGUCUAUGCGCGUGAGAGUUGCAAGCUAUGUAGCUGAAGCCUUGGAAUAUUGUAUCAAUGAAGGACAAGCGCUGUAUUUUGAUCUGAAUUCAUAUAAAGUUCUUUUUAAUGAGGCUGAUUUUCCUUGUCUUUCUGGUUUCGGUCUUGUGAAAAGUCAGAGGAAUGGCAAUUGUUAUAGCAUUCACACUGCUUACAUACCUCCAGAGUGCAUGAAUGGAAUGAAGACUCCUGAAAGUGUGAUAUUCAGCUUUGGCGUUUUGCUAAGAGAUCUACUGAGUGGAAAGGAAACUCCACAAAAUAAGGCAAUUCAUAUGAUAUUGGGUAGAAAUGUCCCUGUAGUUGUCGAUUCUCGUUUGAACGGUGAAUAUCCCAUUGAAGAGGAAAUUGCUUUGGCGGGCCUUGCUAAUCAAUGUUUGCGAUAUGAGCCUAAGGAUCGACCCACUAUAAAAGAUGUUAUUGCAACCCUCGCACAAGUUCAAAGCAAUGCUGCUGGGGAGGCACAAUAGCAUGAUUGAUGAUGAUGAUGCAGUAUGGAAGGCAAGCAUGGUGCUGCAGCUAUACACAGGACAGGAGCAUGUUCAGUAGCCUAGGGUCCUUUACGUGAAGUAUGGUGUUAGUGGGACUUUAAGUGUGUACGAGGACAUCAUGGAUUCAUGGGUUGCAUGCCUCGAAGCCUGUUUCUUUUUGUUUGUUUUCCAUACGAGACCAAUAACGUAUUGCUACGAUA